UUAUGUAAUUGUGUUGCUUGGAUGUGUGUCUGAGGGGAAGGAAGUUAAAGCAAUUCUUUCUUCUAUUCACUCUUUUCUAGCAAGAGGAGCACCAAGGUCUGCAGCAGGAAAUCAUCAAAAUCCCAAGAAUGAAGAUUGCAGUUAUCGGUCAGAGUCUCUUCGGCCAGGAGGUUUACAAGGAGCUGAGGAAGGAUGGCCACACCAUCGUUGGGGUUUUCACUAUUCCUGACAAGGACAGCAAGGCUGACCCACUGGCCACAGAGGCAGAGAAGGAUGGUGUCCCUGUUUUUAAGUUCCCCAGGUGGCGAGUGAAGGGUCAAGCCAUCCUAGAGGUGGUGGACCAGUACAAGGCUACAGGAGCAGAACUUAAUGUUCUGCCCUUCUGCUCCCAGUUUAUCCCCAUGGAGGUCAUUGACCACCCCAAACAUGGCUCUAUCAUCUACCACCCCUCCCUGCUGCCUCGUCACAGGGGAGCCUCAGCAAUCAAUUGGACCCUUAUUCAAGGAGACAAGAAGGGAGGUUUCACAGUGUUCUGGGCUGAUGAUGGACUUGACACUGGACCAAUUCUACUGCAGAGAGAGUGUGAUGUUGAACCUAAUGACACAGUCAACACAAUCUACAAGAGAUUUCUCUUCCCAGAGGGCAUCAAAGGCAUGGUAGAAGCUGUGACGCUGAUUACUGAAGGGAAGGCCCCAAAGAUAACACAGCCUCAGGAGGGCGCCACCUAUGAGUGCAUUCAGAAGAAAGAAAAUGCUAAGAUUGACUGGAACCAGCCAGCUAAGGCCAUCCACAACUGGAUUAGAGGGAAUGACAAAGUGCCUGGGGCCUGGGCAGAAGUUGAUGGACAGGAGGUGACUUUCUUUGGUUCCACUCUGGUGGAUAACGGAACUGUAGCCAAUGGCCAGCCCCUGGAGAUUCCUGGAGCCUGUCAGCCUGGCAUAGUCACUAAGACUGGGCUGCAGCUGUUUGGAAACGACGGCAAGAUGCUGCUGGUAAAGAAUCUGCAGUUUAAGGAUGGCAAGAUGAUUCCUGCAGCACAGUACUUCCUCUCUGGUAGCAGUGCAGCUGUGGAGCUCUCUGAGGAAGAGAAAAGUUUUGCUGAACAGAUGAGGGGCGUAUGGAAGACUAUCCUGACGAAUGUAAGCCUGAUUGAAGAUUCCACAGAUUUCUUCAAGUCUGGUGCUGCGUCAAUGGACGUGGUCAGGCUUGUUGAGGAAGUGAAGCUUCGCACCAGCAGCUGCCAGUUGCAGAACGAGGAUGUCUACAUGAACACCACCUUCCAGGAUUUCAUCCAGAUGUGUGUCAGGAAGCUCCGGGGGGAGGAUGGGGAACAGGAGCUUGUAGUUGACUAUGUGGAAAAGAACAUAAACAACAUGGUUAUAAAGAUGCCCCACCAGCUGUUCAUCAAUGGAGAGUUUGUUGAUGCAGAGGGAGGAAAGACCUACAAGACCAUCAACCCCACUGAUGGCACAGACAUCUGUGAAGUGUCUCUGGCCCAGAUUAGUGAUGUGGACAAGGCAGUGACUGCUGCUAAGGAGGCAUUUGAAGAGGGGGAAUGGGGCAAGAUGAACCCAAGAGACAGAGGCAGGCUCAUCUACAAACUGGCGGAGGUGAUGGAGGAGCACCAGGAGGAGUUAGCUACUAUUGAAGCCAUCGACUCUGGGGCCGUUUACACUUUGGCCCUCAAGACUCACGUGGGCAUGUCAAUCCAGACAUUCCGAUAUUUUGCUGGCUGGUGUGACAAGAUCCAAGGUAGCACCAUCCCCAUCAACCAGGCCAGACCCAAUCGCAACCUGACUUUUACCAAGAAGGAGCCAAUCGGAGUGUGUGCCAUUGUGAUUCCCUGGAACUAUCCACUGAUGAUGCUGGCCUGGAAGACAGCUGCCUGCCUGGCAGCAGGAAACACUGUAGUCCUCAAACCAGCUCAGGUCACUCCACUUACAGCACUAAAGUUUGCUGAACUGGCAGCGAGAGCAGGACUGCCCAAAGGGGUGAUUAACAUUCUGCCUGGAUCAGGUGCUCUGGUGGGGCAGCAUUUGUCUGACCAUCCUGUUGUACGAAAACUGGGCUUCACAGGUUCUACAGAAAUUGGUAAACACAUCAUGAAGAGCUGUGCAGUCAGUAACGUAAAGAAAGUUUCGUUGGAGCUCGGGGGAAAAUCCCCUCUCAUCAUCUUCAGUGACUGUGACAUGGACAAGGCUGUGCGCAUGGGCAUGUGCUCAGUGUUCUUCAACAAAGGAGAAAACUGCAUUGCUGCUGGUCGGCUGUUUGUGGAGGAAACCAUUCAUGACCAAUUUGUGAAAAAAGUGGUUGAGAAGGUUAAGAAGAUGAAGAUUGGUGAUCCCUUGGACCGCUCCACAGACCACGGCCCUCAGAAUCAUAAAGCCCAUUUAGACAAACUUUUGGAGUACUGUCAGAUGGGCGUGAAGGAGGGAGCCACCCUCAUCUGUGGUGGUAAACAAGUACAGCGACCAGGUUUUUUCUUUGAACCCACAGUGUUUGCUGAUGUCCAAGACCACAUGUACAUCGCUAAAGAAGAGUCAUUUGGUCCUAUCAUGAUCGUUUCCAAGUUCAGGAGUGGUGAGGUGGAUGAUGUCCUCAGGAGAGCUAAUGAUACAGAGUAUGGGUUGGCUUCAGGUGUGUUCACACGUGACAUCAGCAAAGCUAUGUACGUGAGCGAGAGGCUUAACGCUGGCACUGUUUUUGUCAACACCUACAACAAAACUGAUGUGGCCGCACCUUUUGGAGGCUUCAAACAGUCUGGAUUUGGCAAAGACCUCGGUCAGGAGGCCCUCAAUGAAUACCUGAAGACAAAAGCAGUGACUAUCGAAUAUUAAUGAACUCCCAGCAGAGGGCAGUAUCUCAGGAAGACAGGAAGACGUGGGUGGAUGAUGUGUAUAGAUGCAGACAUAAUGAUGCUGACUAUAAUUCUGAUUGUGACUCAACUUGCAGUAAUUUUUCUAAUUCCUUAUUCUCUCCUUUGCAACUGAGCCAUUAUGUAAGCUGCAAGAGAUUUGGUCCUGAACUGUCCAGAUAAACACUGCAGUCACUGUGCAUUUCACUCAGGAGGCGUAUCAACAAGAUCUUGUUUAGAUAUAACAACUUCAUUUGUUUUAAUGUUGCUUUCAUUAGCCUAGAAACAUUAGAAAGUUAAUGUUCCCAACAAAUCUUGAUUAUUAAUAAAAACUUUUAAACAGCC